AUGGAUGAGGCAGUGGAGACCCUAAGAAAGAUAGAGCAGAACUACAAGAUCUUCCAGCAGCAGCAGUUUACAUUUAUCAGAGCACUGGAUAACACCCGGCAGGAAGCCCAUGACUUGAUCAGACCUGUGUCAUCCAUCAUCCAGGUACAGUGCUACAAGGACCACCACUGUUUCAAUUCCACAGACAAGCGCAUCCUCAACAUGUUCAUCUCCAUCUGCAACGAUCUCCGCAACCUCCUCCACCAGCUGGAAGUGUUGCACCCUGGUGACAAUGUGGCACAAGGCCUCUUGAACAAGUGCAGAGUGCUCCUUAAUGACAGCAAUGACCUCACUAACGUCCGAGCCACCUACCCCCAUGGUGUUGUGAAUUACCUGAGCUUGGAUGAAGCAAGGAAUCGCUAUGGAGGUGUGGUGAGCCUCAUCCCUGUUGUUCUAGACACCAUGACAGAGUGGAUAACCUACACUAAGAGGCACCUGCUGUACACUGUGAGUCGUGGACGUGCCAUGUCCAAGAAGGAGACACCCACUUCCCAAACAAAACCUCAUGUGCACUGCGCAGCUCGGACCUCCAUUAACAAACGUGCUCUACAAUUGCAGGAAAAAGAUUUCCAGAAAUACCUGAGUGAAAAUCAACGUCCGCCACAAAAAGCUCCCUGGAGGCCGCCAGGCAAACACCCCUAUUAAAGGAUCAAAACUCCUGCAUCUUCUGCUCAGCACCUUUAAUCACCUGGCUGAUUAAAGACCAUGAAACGAACACUAGAAAUCCAUUCUGAGUGCACUUUCUGAAGAGUUA